AUGCCCUAUGUCGACGUUCCAGGUCUAGGCAACGACUACGUUACAUUCUUUUAUCAGACGAACUCGGCCACUGGCUACGCUUCUGGCAUCGACCCAUCAAAACCCACGGUCCUAUUUCUGCAUCCCGACCUCCUCGACACGUCUUGGAUCGCGCAACAGUUCGGGGAUCCUCGGCUUGACGCCCAGUAUAACCUGAUCUCUUUUGACCGACGAUAUGCUGGCAAAACUCAGUCCCGCUUCAAUGCCAAGCAUGAUUCGUAUACGGACGCGGUGGACGUCGCGAUACUGUGCUCGGAACUUCGCCUACCGCCCGUGCACGUCCUCACCUCAGGGCCGUAUGCAGGUGAUGUGGGCGCACGCUUCUGUGUGCUCUUUCCAGAAAUGGCUAAGUCCUUGACAAUGAUCACCCCUGGGGCCGGACGGAGUGCCGAUACGGAUAUGAAUGCGUUCGAGGAGAUGUUCUACAUGUGGGAGACUGCGGACGACAUUCAGACGCUCGAAUUUAGCCUUUACCAGGUCGUCCAGUUCAUUUGCGGACCAGACGUGGACCAAGACCUUGCAGACGAUCUCAUCGCAUACUACGAGAAGGUCUAUCCUCCGUUUCGCGCAGCGCGACUGGUACAAGUUGCAAACUCCGUGGUGAAUCGACAACCUCUCUCCAAACUGGAGUUGGCGUCCAUUCAAGUACCUUGCCUCUUGUUGCAUGGAGACAAUGAUGGCCUAUGGUCCAAAUCCAAGAUCGAUGCCAUGGCCGCAGACAUGACCAGCGUACCAGGUGGCGCCAAAGUUGUCACGGUAAAGGGCGGUCGGGGUUACAUGGCAAUACAACCAGAGUUUGCCUCUGUCAUAAACCGCGUAUAUGCACAGUUUUUAGCAAGACUACCUUGCCACGACCAAGGCUUGCGGACAUCCGUUGAACCUCUCAAUGCUCGACUUCGACGAGCACUGGACGACCUUGCAGACCUGACUGGCGAUUAUACUUUGGCGGAUGCUCGCGAUCAAGAAGUACUGAAUAGCAUGUCCUUCUCGCGAUCAUCAUAUAAGUCACAACAAGCCGCCGCCAAAACGUACAAGUCCUUCAUGGUGCGGCAGAAGAACGCGUUCAGCCCACUGAUGAGCAAUGGUCGGCCAAUGCGAAGAUACUCUGAGCGCAAACACGACCACUGGUUCCAGGGCGAUCGGCAUGGAAUGUCGUACGCCGGGAAGGAUCACGAAUUCGAUCCCACGCCCAAGGAACGAGACGAUCAAGACGAAUCACCACGCGAGCAAGUACGCGAUAUCAUACAGCAGCGGCAGGCCGAGCGCGAUAAAGUCACAAUCGCGACUGCGGCCGUGACCAAAGUCGACCAGUCUACGCUCCUCAAAUCCGGCGUCGCACGUGCAAGCGCGUCGCUCCCUCUCGGCAGGUUGCUGAAUCCCCGGUGA